UUUGCCAAUUUCUUUUGGGCAGGGCGUUGCAGGAGAGACUGAGGAGGCGCAGAAGGGCGUUCGCGUCCAGGGACAUCGGAAAUGACGAACCCAGAGAGAGCGUCAUGCAGUACGACAACGAGGCCUUCACGGACGAUGACAAAAGCGAGGAUCGUCCGGCCGCGUCCCCAUCGGUGUCUCCGUCAUCGGCGAGACCAUCGCCUCGUCUUCUGCCACCGCUUCGGGAACGGGUCGCCGAAACCUCAGAUGCAGAUCUCAGCUCCGGGAGCCAGACUCCAAGUUCCGUCGCCAGUUCGAAGGUCAACGCUGCGGACAGAGACCGCAGGCGUCGAAGGCCAUCCGAGACUCGCAGGCCCUGGGAGGGUCAGUCGAGAGCGACGCCUUCAAGGUUGGUGCCGCCGACGCCGCUUCCUCGCAAGGGGCGAAUUCAACAGGCUGAUGUUGAGGAAGAAGUGAUCGAGAAAGCCCUGAGGAAGCGCCGAGAGGCGCUCGCGAGAUGGAAAACCAGCGCCACGUCUGCUCUUCGCCAGUCCGCAGAGUUAGCCGAGAAGACGCUGGUCGAAGAGGCGACGGAGUUUCUCACCCGGAAAUGGACCAAGGAAGUGCCUCCCGGCAGCGCCGAGCAGAAGGAUAAGGAAGUCGAGGAAGCUCGCCGGUCUUCCGCCGUCGACGGCGGAGAAAUCGCGUCCGAAGGCGCAACACCUGACGUCAACGAGCCUGCGGCCGAAGCGGAAGAAGACGGCAAGUGUAAUAAUAACGAAAUAUUUGAGCGCAGCGUUACCAUUCUACUUUGCGUAAUCUUUCAGGCACGCCACGAUCUUACUGACAGCGACGCAGUACUCAGAGCCUUGACUGACGUUGAAUGCAUAUUCGAUCUUUCGUGUCCCGCCUUAGAGGAGAACCUUCUGACGUCUGACGACUACGUUCCCGACGAGCAGCUCGCAUGCAAGAUUGUGAAGGCGGAGUACAACCCCAGGGUCGACACCAACCUGCACUUCCCUUCAUCCUCGAAAGUGCCUUUUUCCGCAAAAUUGGGAGCAGCAGGUGGAAACGAAGACGACUCGGGUGAUCGCACCAGGCCGGGUUCGCCGAUAAGGAAUAACUUACGUCGCUUCGCGAUAAACCAGAUGGAACACCGGUUGAUCAACCAAGGCGAACUGCAAUGGUUCAACAGCGAAGGGACUGUUGACACGUCGCCGAUUACGGUUAGUGAUAAGCCAUUCCGCCUUCGGAGUUGCGAUGAAGACACGAGGGCUUUCAAGCCGAAAUACAGAAAGGCGAUGCACUGCGUUCCAUACCGGUGCGACUCCGAGCCGGAGCUCGAACUGGAGCUGGACGUGUCCUCGCUGAGGUUUCAGCACCACCCUCUGUUCAGCGCCUGA